UAAAAGCUUACCUGGUAGGGGUUGAGGGCGGAUCGGGACGACGUCGACGUCGGGGUCGUGGUAAUGAGCCCACCACCGCAGGGCAGAGGGCCUAACAUGUGCCACAUGUGGCGGUCUAUUGGGCACCGAGAGCUCGCUGACCUCCCUCCGUCGCCUUUUGCUGACCAUGCAGGACGCCUAUUACAGCUCACGCGGCAUCCCGCGGGUCGAUCUGCUGCAGGGUUUCUGGGAGGGGAAGCACAAAAGCUGCUCCUAUGCGGGCAAUGCGUUGGUAUUUUUUAUUGCUGGGCGCUGCCAUUUCUGAGUCACCAUGUGAGAGCCGAGUGUGCUCACCAUAAAUUUAUCACUGUGGGGAUCAUUGCGUCUCUGCCGUUGGCUUGUCGCCCGUUCCAGACACGCAAGAACAUUCACUUGCUAUAACUACCUUUCCUUCCUCUGGCCAAUUCAGCAUCUUGAAUCUGGCUGACGUGAGCUCCUACGUAUACCAAUCUCUUUUCUCUCUGUUCUCAAUCCCAUCUCCCUCACCAACUACUACAACCUCGAUAGCCCGUUGCCGGCCAUCUACUGGACAGUGGCCCUAGCUCGCGGCUACCAGCGCAAGCUUCUGAUCCAUUGCAGCCGCUCUACCGUACUGUCAACUGCCACCAUGUCGGCGUUCGUCACGGACGACACGAGGGUCCUGGGCCAGGACCCUCUCAUCCCGCCCGCCCUCCUGAUAUCCGAGAUCCCCAUAACGAAUGCGGCCACCGAGACCGUCAUCCGGGGCCGCAAGGAGGCCACGGCCGUCAUCACGGGCAAGAGUGACCGCCUGCUGGUCAUCGUCGGCCCCUGCUCCAUCCACGACCCCGCGACCGCCCUCGAGUACGCCCAGCGCCUCAAGGCGCUCUCGGUGAAGCUUGAGGACGACCUCUGCAUUGUCAUGCGCGCCUACCUCGAGAAGCCCAGGACCACGGUCGGUUGGAAGGGCCUGAUCAACGACCCGGAUAUCAACCAGACCUUUAAGAUCAACAAGGGCCUUCGCGUUUCGCGCCAGAUGUUCCGCGACCUAAACGAGGCGGGGCUCCCCAUCGCCAGCGAAAUGCUCGACACCAUUUCACCGCAGUUCCUCGCCGAUUUUAUCGCAGUCGGCGCCAUCGGUGCCCGCACCACAGAGAGCCAGCUGCACAGGGAGCUGGCUUCUGGCCUGUCGUUCCCGGUUGGCUUCAAGAACGGGACGGACGGUAGCCUCGGGGUCGCGAUCGAUGCCGUCGGCGCCGCAGCUGCUAAGCACUCCUUUAUGGGCGUUACCAAGCAGGGGCUGGCUGCGAUCACGCGGACGAGCGGUAACGAGCACGGCUUCGUUAUCCUUCGCGGCGGAUCGAGUGGCCCCAACUACAGCAAGAAGGACGUUCAGGCUGCCAAGGAUACUCUGACCAAGAAGGGCCAGAGGCAAUCCAUCAUGAUCGACUGCUCGCAUGGCAAUUCGAACAAGGACCACCGCAACCAGCCCAAGGUGGCCAAGGCCAUCGGCGAGCAGCUGAGAGAGGGUGAGAGGGCCAUCAUCGGCGUGAUGAUCGAGUCCAACAUCAACGAGGGCAACCAAAAGGUUCCGCCCGAGGGGCCUUCAGGUCUCAAGAAGGGUGUUAGCAUCACCGAUGCCUGCAUCGACUGGGAGUCGACAGUCACGGUUCUGGAGAAUCUUGCCGACGCCGUUCGUGAGCGCCGGAGGAUCAACCUGGCCAACGGAAAUGCCCAAGCCGUCAGCGUGCCCGCCACCCCCUUGGAGGAGGAUUGAGUGCGGAAUAGCAUAGUGAAGGAGGCAGCGACGCAAAAUACAAAAGAACCGGGACAGAGUUGAGCGAUAUAAGAAGUCAACAUGAGGCACGAUGGAGAGGAGGAUUUUAAUACAUGGAACCCAUGGCGUUGAUAGUCAGAAGCUAAGGAGGAAACAAGGAAAUAAAAAGAAGUAGACGGUGGGUGAAGCUUCAUAGAGCAGAAAAUGGCAGGACAAAGUGGCAAGGUGUCCCGGAAUCAACUUGUAGGGCUUAGAUUGGGAUUCUCACCCUUUUUUCAAGGGGAUAUACGUUUACCCCGGACAUGGAUACACUCCCUCGUGAUGUCUGG